AUUUGUUAAUGUCGAGCGUUUUUGUAUUUUGUAUACGAAAUUAUUUUUGAAAACUGCGGGCCUGCGAUAGUCAAACAGUGUUAGCCGAUAGCGACAACAGAAAAAGAAGCUGCCACCUCGGUCAAACAGCAAGUUUAGAAUCUUUAAACCCGGCUAAGAUGCACUGAUCGGACUAGAAGCGAGCGCUUUUCAGUGGCUAUAUAAGCAUGAAAUAUAAUAUAUUGACGCGCUUACGCAGUCUGAUGCGAAUAACCAUACAAUAUGCUUGUAUAACCCACUGUACGUUCGAAUAUCUUGGCGACUUUGUACUGUGCAAGGGUCCUUCCAUGGAGCCGACGCUGUUCUCGGACAACGUCUUGCUGACGGAACGGAUAUCAAAGUACUGGCGCAAUUAUCAGUCCGGCGACAUCAUCAUCGCUGUCUCGCCCGUCAAUGCCGACCAAUAUAUAUGCAAGCGCAUUGUUGCUGUUUCUGGCGAGCGUAUUGUCACCCAGAAGCCGCAUCCCAUUGAGGCAGAGUCCGUGCAAAAGCCGGUGAAGACAGCCAUGACCACGGAUUAUGUGCCGCGUGGUUGUGUUUGGAUCGAGGGCGAUAACAAGGGUAACAGUUCCGACUCUCGUUAUUAUGGGCCUAUCCCUUUGGGGCUCAUACGGAGUCGUGUAGUGUGCCGCGUCUGGCCGCUGUCGCAAUUAUCGGGCUUAUAGGGCACACAUCAACAGUGCUUAUGAAAAAGAGGAUUUAAACCAAAAUUACAAGUUUAUGAUUAACUAUUCCUUUCUUCAAACUGAAACAUGUAAAUAAAUAUGCUAUUUAACUUGUCUGUAUUUGCGAAAAACUGAUCCAGAAAAACAAAAAUUGAGAAAAAAAGUAAA